GCCGAUUAUGGACCACAUCCCGAAAACACAUAACCAUUCAUAUGUGGUUGAAAUUCCGAUCUACGACUCUGCCAUUGCCUACCGGGAAGAACCACUCGGGUUCCAAGGCUUCAAGGACUUUCCUCGCAGCCUCGGGUACAAUCUCGAGGAGCUAGAACUUUGUUCCAGCGAGCUGAUUCUCCCCUGUGACUUGCUUCAGUCCUGGUUGUUCUUUGGUCUUUUAACGGAGAUAUUCGGUGGGCCUGCAACUCAAUACAAACAUGAAGACUUCAUCAGAACGGAUGCGUCAGGACGCCGGAUGGCGUGUACGGAAAUGCUCGACAAAUACGCGCUGUACUGGACGGCUAUGAGAUGCCAUGAGGAUAGGGAAGUUGUGGUACGCCACGCACGGGACGUCGACAGCUGCCUGCGACUUACAAACACUGUGCUAAAUGUUGUUGCUACUUCGCUGAAGGUUACGCCUGGCGAGGAUGUGUGGGCCGCGGCAAUGAAUGCCCUAGUCCUGUCCCUCAUGACUCUCGGCGAAUAUCUCUGCAGUGUGCGCGAAGGUAUCAUCAGAUACAAAGAAGCUGGAACCCUUGAGCUCACAACACUCAAAUGGCAUUUGCCAUUAAUCGAAAAAACCUUAGAGAAGGACUGGUGUGUUGGGGAGAUAUCAAUGUUGAAAAAGUGGAAUGGUUUGACGUGUUUGUUCUAUCUCACUACGAUUGGACGAAAACUUCUUGGGAAGGGGCACUCGACAUGUACCGAGCAAGGUGGAUGCCAGGCACUUCAGAUCGACUUUACUACUUACAAAACUGCGCAUUUGGGCGAUUGUGCCUGCAAUAGGAGAGUUGGACCCUCACCAAAUGAGAUUGCAACCAUCAUCAGUAGCGGCCAAGUUCCACUCGUCGCUAGCGUCUCAUCAGAUCUAAAUCAGGCAACCGGGCUCAGAGUUUUUGCCUCUGGGCUUAAUGGACCUUCACGAGCCACUUAUGUUGCUAUAAGUCAUGUCUGGUCGGAUGGUCUGGGCAAUAAUGAAGGGAAUUGGCUCAAUGAGUGUAUGUUCACACAUAUCCAGAAUCUAGUCAAUGCUCUUCACGGUUCAGCGGAUUUUCCCGUUCCAUUUUGGAUGGAUACUCUUUGUAUUCCCAAGAGUUCGACGUUCAACGCUGUGAAGCAGCUAGCUCUAGCACAAAUGGCCGACAUCUACAGAUCAGCAGACAAAGUUCUCGUUCUGGAUAGCUCUUUGCAAGCAGUGAGUUGCGCCGACAUUUCUUGGGUAGAGAUGAAUAUGCGUGUUGGAUACUGUCCAUGGUCAACACGGGUUUGGACGUUGCAGGAAGGCAGACUGGCCCGAGAAGCUUACAUCCAGUUCAAGGACAAACCUGUUAACCUUACCGACCUGCAAAAAUCGGCUGAGCUGAAUGACAAUUUUCAACUACUUUCGAACCUCUUAGGUGAAUGCGAUAAGCAUCAUCUGAUGGAGAAUCCCUCGGCAAGACGUCUGAUUGCAGCGGUGGCAACGUACCAAGCUCCCGAAGAUAUGAUCGAAAUGUCGAUGAAGAGCUCUUUCGAAGACACUGACGAGGAAGAGCUUCAUCAACAUGCAGUCCAAACCAUAAAACGGAAUGCACCUUUAGAAAAAUUGAAAACGACAUGGUUACCUUGGCUAAGAGAAGUAGAGCCAGACGCAAAAGAGACCUCUGCAGAUGAAGAUCUCCGAAAUCGAAUCUUUGUGUACUUUCCGAGUCCUGUAGCCGGUCAUAGUGUGGCUGCAAUCAAUAGAAUCCGUGGCUGGGGCUACGCCCACCUUGCUAACGCGCGGAGCAAAACCAAUUCUACGGGGUAUGUCCAGGGUUACCGCCCGUGUGAAUUAUUUCUCGACGUUUGCAAAGGUUUUCAAGGGAGGACGACUAGUAGAACAGAGGACGAGACUAUUUGCUUGGGCCUGCUGCUACAAACAGAAAUGAAAGACCUCUUGGCAAUUAAACCCAUACCAUGGGGACAGAAAGACUUCCUGAUUAAGUUAGACUCUUGGAAAUGCAUUCGCUUUGUUCUCAGCAUGUUCGGUGUAGAUAUUCAGAAGUGGAUUGGAUCGUGUCACGAGGAGCGAACGAAGCUGUUGUAUCGACAAAUGGUCGAAGUCCCCACGACAAUUAUUUUCUGGAAUUCUCCACGACUUCAAUCCGAUGGGUGGAAAUGGGCACCUCGAUCGAUUCUGUAUAAAGACUUAGAGUUCAAGAUAUUCGAGCCUAGGGACUGUUUCAAACGUGGCAUCGUGACGAACAGAGGUCUUACUGUCCAGCUUCCAGGUUUCAAACUUAGUCAGUUAUCUCACGACCAUGAGGCUCUGAAUAUGACGACCACUUGCGAUGACGAUGAGACUAGAUUUGCCAAUACUACUCUCGUGAUACAUACCCACGACGAAGCUAGCGACAAUCUCAGACCUUGGAGACGAGGUUGGCUGCGAGUGAGAUUUCGAAAAAUCAUCGGUUCGGAUUUCAACACCCAGGGGUUAUCGUGGGCUAGUCUCGUGAAAAGCGGAGCCAUUGACAACUUAGCAAUUCUGAUUUCGGAGGAGGGAGCAUUGGUGGAGAUGUAUGGGAAAGAAGAGGAAUGCAACUUCGCUCAUCAUGUUGCUCUGAUAGAAAGAGCAAUCCCAAGGUCUGGACAAGAGAGAGAUCAAAUAGAAGUCCAUUGUUUUGGUGAGUAUUUUGAGAUAGGAACCUGGUGCAUAGGAUAGCGAGGACGGAACGGAACAGCAUAGUACAGAAAAUUAAGGCUUGGGCUUCAGUUUGCUAAGGGGCUUUAUUUUACGCUGGUCGGAUUGAGAUAUCGCUUUCUAUUGAUCUACCUUUACUCAAUUCUCCGCGUGGGUUAGGAUGGCAAAUCCCAAAAGGAGUAUCCGCAGACGUGAUCUGGUCCUAACGACGGACAUUAAUAGCGCUGAUCGUAGCUGAGAGCAGUCGAUCGAAAAAUUCCUGCGAAUGGUCUGUAAAACGGGCGGUAAGCCAAGGUCGUCUAUCAAUCUCGCAGUAUGACCUUCAUAUUCAGAG